AUGUCAGAACUAUCGGGAAGGACCGAAGAGCCGGACGACAGAAGUUCUCGUUCGGACGACUCUAACGGCGAAAUCUUCAAGAAUGUCCCGAAGAACAGCAGCACGUUUCGCAUUUGGAAGAUCGAGGGUUUACGAGUUGCAGCUGUCACCGGAAGUAAUAUGGGAUAUUUCCUCUCGGAAUUGGCAUACAUUAUCUACGCAGUGUCGACGAAAGACGGUCCACUCCCUUAUCCUGGGAUGCCGGUUAAGGACUUAAAGUCGACUCCGGUAGUUCGUGUAAUUCAUUUUUGGAUCGGUUCCGCGUGCGACUCCACGAUAUCCGGUGCCGCAGCCCUUCGAGCGGCCGAAUUGGACUCUUUAAUAAAUGCGACGAUUCUAUUGAGAGAAGCACAAGGUCGUGAAAGUCCGAGGUUCCUCGCUUAUUUUCGUCAACGUCUCGUUAUCGAGAACUUUCAUUUCGAAACACCGGCUUGCUCGUUGCACAGAGUUACCGGAGUAGGAGUUCCUGUGUUGACGGAACUUGAAAAAGUCCACUGGGACCAUUUCAGCUCGCGGGACGUUAUUCUCGUGGACGUUCUAUCAAAAAGCAUCGUGUUCCUCUGGCUAGGAUCGUCAGCAGACCCGUUGCACAAACGACACGCGGUAAACAUACUAGAAACUAAAAAAGAGAACAACAAUGGUCGCGUCGUCAUCGUCGAAGACGGUUACGAACAAACGCUACCGGACGGCGACAAACAACUCUUUGCCAGCAUUUUAGAUCCAUCCACGAGAGUCGUGCAACCCGAUCGUCCCUACAGAAUUAACGCGCCAAGCCCGGUGAAGCUUUACAGGUGUAGCGAACAAUCCGGCAAAUACAAAGUGGCGGAAUUAAAAUCUGGACCAAUUCUUCGAUCGGAUCUAACAUCGGAAUCGGUUUAUCUGAUCGAUCGCGGCGAGGCGGGCGUUUGGGCAUGGGUUGGACAGAACGUGAACGCCCGGGAAAAACUAGAGGCAGUUCGUAACGCGCGUGGUUUCGUAAAAAAGAAAAACUAUAGCAAUGGCGUGUCCGUUGGAAGAGCACUUGAAGCUUAUGAACCAACGGAAAUGAAAGCUCUCGUUAGAGGCUGGGAACCUUCGAAAACGAGACCACUCACACUACCGCCCAGUUUCGAACCCGAUUACAUGAAUGAGAGGCCCAGAAUGGCUGCCGAGUGCCAAUUGGUGGACGACGGGUCCGGCGAAAGAACACUUUGUAGAGUAACUCAUAAAGAAGGAAUGGUUCAGGUUGACGACAAGGGUAUAUACUAUGCAGAAGCCUGUUACGUAAUGUGUUACAAGUAUGGUCAAGGUCGCAGAAGCAGAACCAUCGUGUAUUGUUGGGAAGGUGUUCAUUCCAUAAAGGUGGAUAGAGAGGCCGCGUUAGAAACAGCUUGUCGUUUAUCGGAAGAUACCGCUGCUCAAUUAGUGAAAGCAUGCCAGGGUAGGGAGCCAUCUCAUUUGCUUCAAAUUUAUGAUGGAAAAUUAAAAAUACUAGCUGGAAGACAUCGUGAUUCUCCGCCGGAAAAAUAUCUCGUCCGAGUUUUCGGAUCUACGCCUUACACAUCAAAAGCGGUUGAACGUCCUCUGAGGUCUAGCAGCCUCGAUUCUAGUGGAGUUUUUAUCCUAUUCUCCGACAUGCCUGUAGUGUGGUGUGGCGGCAGGAGUACCGGAGAUGCUAGGCAAGCGUCUCGACGACUUGCACCUAGAAACGCACCCUUAAUGAUUGAAAAUAAAGAAGAUAAUGAUUUCUGGGCAGAACUUGGAGGUAAAGGCACUUACGGUACGGAAAGUAUCGACGUUGGAGAAGAGCUUGGAAAACAUUUGUACCAAUGCUUAACAGAAGGUGAAAUUUUUGUUGGCGAAGAAGUUCUUGGGUUUGGACAAAAUUGUCUUCUUCCAGAGACAAUUUGGUUGUUAGAUGCUGGCAAUGUAAUAUGGGUCUGGAUCGGAAAAUCGUCGAAUCCUAAAUCAUUGAGGGAAUGCGUACACGAUGCUAUGGUAUUUCUUUACACUCACCCAGCUAGUCGAGAUCGAAAUACAACAAUUUCUGUCAUUAAACAAGGUAUGGAACCUUCGACGUUUAUAGGGCUCUUCGAUAAUUGGAAUUAUAAUUUUUUAAGAGAUUAUAAAUCAUUUGACACAUUCUAUACACUUCUGCAAGAUAAGGACUCGAUAACGAAGAUACAAACGUCCUCGAAGCCAUCGAGUGAUUUCGACAAUUAUGUGAAAUAUCCUCUUUCUGUAUUAAAAAAUGAACCAGAAAAUUUACCGUCCGGCGUUGACGUUGCUCGCAAAGAGAUGCAUCUUACUUUUGAUAACUUUAUUGCCAUUUUUAAAAUGGAACCUGAUGAAUUUGUAAAACUCCCUCCUUGGAAACGACAAAGGCUGAAGCAAUCAGCGGGUCUUUUCUAA